UUCUCAGUACCAACCGCCACCAACUGGAGUGUGCUGUACCCGAUGGUGCUAGCUCACGGAGAAGAAUCCUGAAAUGUAUACCACAUGGGCGGGAAAUCGUACCAAGUAGGCGAAAAGUCCUGCCACAUUGCCGAGAAAUCCUACCACAAGGAUGAAAAUCCUACCAUAUUGAUGGGAAAGGGGCGAGACCGCCGACUACGCCAUCCAACGCGUAUGCAUUUAUCCGCGCAGCAACCCAGAUUCCCAGAGAUUCAUCGCGUGGCAAAAACGUACCCACCUUCGACUAUCUCCGAGUCGAACUAUAGGAAGAGCACGUGUCGAACCCUGAACCCGAAGCAGGAUGCCUCACACUCUCUUGUUGGCACUGUACGUCGAUGGACACAGGGCAGCUAUGUAGCGACUUUAUAGACUGUUGCCAAGACUCGUGAGACGCGCUAGUGAAACGCUGCAUCGCUGGGAUUGGAUCUUCUAGAUCGACUCAACUCCAACCAUCUUGUUUGCCAAACA